CAGACUGCACAAAUCAGAGAGAGCAACUAGAUCAUAUUUGAUUAAUUCAGCUGUUCUCAGAGAGAACUGUCACCCUAAAGAGACAGUCUCUGAGGCUCUGAAUUAAAAUUAUUCUUCCUACAAUGGAGGAGAGAGUGAUGAAGAUAUUGAUCAUAUUUGCCCUUGGAAUGCACUACAGGCCUUGCUCAGGUUUCCCUGUGUUUGACUAUGACCCUUCUGCUCUACAAGAAGCCCUCAGUGCCUCCGUGGCAAAAGUGAACUCUCAGUCACUGAGUCCAUAUCUGUUUCGGGCGUUCAGGAGCUCAUUAAAAAGAGUGAAUGCUCUGGAUGAGGACAGUGUGCUCAUGAGUUUAGAGUUCAGCGUUCGGGAAACCAUGUGCCUGACAGACUCCGGAGAAGACCCAUCUGCAUGUGCCUUCCAGAGGGGCUACUACGUGCAAACUGCAGCCUGCAGAAGCACCGUGCGGAUGUCGGGCGAGCAGGUGCAGCAAGUGCGGGCUCACUGCCGCUGGUCCGACACGUCCGAGUCCAACAGCAGCGAGGAGAUGAUUUUUGGGGACAUGGGAAGAUCCUAUAAAUGGAGAAACAAUUAUCUACUUGGUCUCAUUUCUGAGGAAUCCAGAAGUGAACAGUUCUACGAUCGGUCACUUGAGCUCCUGAGAAGGGGUUUUCCUCCUACAAACAGAAGGUUCCCCAACUACCGGCACAGAGCAAGGAUGAACGGCGCCUUUGAGUGACACUGCAGCAAAGCGCACGGAAGGAAGACAAGUUCCAAUGAAGAAAAGUGCUGUAUGAAUUACGUACCUUUUCAUCUGACCAGUCUAUAAUAAAUGCCUUCCUUUUCCUGUAA